AUGGCUUUCUUGAAGGAUGGGAACCACACUGUAGUGGCAGAGUUCAUUUUAUUGGGCUUAACAGAUGACCCAGUGCUUAGAGUUCUCUUCUUCACCAUCAUCCUGUGCAUCUACCUGGUGACUGUGUCUGGGAACCUCAUCACCAUCCUUCUCAUCAGAGUCUCUUCCCAGCUCCAUCACCCCAUGUACUUUUUUCUCAGCCACUGCUUCUGUGACACAGGCAUUUCUUCUUCUGUCACACCCAAUAUGCUUGUCAACUUCCUAGUGGAGAGAAAUACCAUCUCUUACUUUGGAUGUGGCAUCCAGCUCAGUUUGGCUGAUUUCUUUGGGUCAGUUGAAUGUUUCCUUCUGGCGGCCAUGGCUUAUGAUCGCUUCAUGGCAAUCUGCAACCCACUGGUUUAUUCCACCAAAAUGUCCACACAGGUCUGUAUCCAGUUGGCUGUAGGAUCUUACAUAGGGGGUUUUCUUAAUGCUUCCAUCAUUGCAGUUUCCUUUUUCUCCUUUCUCUUUUGUGGACCUAAUAGAAUCAAUCACUUUUUCUGUGAUUUUGUUCCUUUAAUAGAACUCUCCUGUUCUGAUGUCAGUGUCUCUGGAGUUGUUAUCUCACUUUCUGCUGGCUCAAUCACUAUUACCACACUCUUUGUCAUAGUCAUAUCUUAUGUUUAUAUCCUCAUCACCAUCUUGAAGAUGCGCUCCACUGAGGGCCGUCAGAAAGCCUUUUCCACCUGCACCUCCCACCUCACUGCUGUCACUCUCUACUAUGGGACUAUCACCUUCAUUUAUGUGAUGCCGAAGUCAAGCUACUCCACUGACCAGAACAAGGUCAUGUCUGUGUUCUACAUGGUGGUGAUCCCCAUGUUAAACCCCCUCAUCUACAGCCUCAGAAGUAAGGAGAUUAAGGGUGCUCUGAAGAGAUUAUUAUAA